AUGAAGUCGCUUCAAAAGAGGCGGAUCAAGACAGCCGAAGACGCUCUGCACUGUUUAACUGAGGCGCGAUCUCUAACAGACAACAAAUAUCUUAUUGAGAUCGUGAAGAGAAUGCGAGAGCCAGUCAGAGACCCACGUAGGUUGCCUCCUUCGGAGCAGCCGUUCCAGUCGCAGCUUAUGAGUAGGCAGGUGUGCCAGGAUCUGCUGAAGGUCAUUACAAAGGCAGACGAAUCUGGGAACCUUCCGCGUAUCGAUGCACAGGCGGUCCUCGAUAUCUACGGCUACGCAAAGUCACAAGGGUGGGAGAUCGAUUCGCCGGUGCUUUCUGAUACUGCUGAAUUCCUUGCCAACAGCAGCUAUAACGGAUAUGUCGAUGCGGUGGCGAUCAUGCACAAGGAGCAUCUCAAAACUGUCGCCGAUUUGCGACUUACCAACGACAGCGGUUACGUGAAACUGCAGAGAAAGCGGCUUAUCUUGCAGCUGGAGAGGCUCAAUGUCUCGAAGUUGGAGUCAAACCAGAUCCCGCUCAACGAGCUGCAAUCACGCAUAGACGAGCUCUCGGCAGACCAGAAGCGCCAAGCAAACGCUGCUCUUGCAGUUGAUCCGCUUGAUACUGCGAUGGAGAUUGCACGCACUUUGGCAGACCGCUCCUUUGUUUCGCAGAUUGGCUUCUUCUCGGUCCUGGUACGGGCCCUGUGCGUGCGCGAACGUGUAGCAGAUGCUGAAUGGCUGUUUGGGAUAAUGAAGAGCCAUGGCAGGUUCAAGCAUGCUGGCAACAUUUAUGCGUCGAUGAUGUCGCUAUACUACAGGGUCAACAGGCCGAGCAAGGCCGAGGCGCUGUUUAGUGAGUUCAGAUCCCUGUGGCAAGCUGAGUGGAGCCAGAUCCAGUCGGUGCGAGUUAUGCCUGACCCAGUUAGCGCAACCGCAGAGGAGUGGCGGUUAAAGCAUGAGGAGCAUAUCGAAAACCCGCACGUCAUCACUACCGGAGAGCUCCAGGCGAUUCGAAGCACAGCCGCCGAUCCAUUCUACCAGUAUUCACUGGCGCAGCUUGGAAGCGAGGACGUAAGCAACGUGGUUGACUUUAUCGUUGACGCCAAAUACAGGGAGUUUGUCGCCUUCACGCCCAACCACUUCGACAUACUGAAUCGCCUUGUUGUGGAGUGCGACUAUCUGGACUUGGGCGUUAAGCUUUUUCUGGAGAUUAUGCGAGGUGCUCAUAUUGACGGCGGUCGAGGCGUUGUGGCGAAGGAUGUCAUCUAUUCUGAGCAGCCGCGCUAUCGCAACAUGAGCCGUAUACUGUGGGCGCUCCCAAAGGCUGGCCGGUGGGAGGAGGCAUGGAAAAUAGUUGACGCCGAGAACAUGAACAGCGAUACCCCAAUGCUCCAUAGUAACGCCCUGAAAGCUCUCAUGCGAAUUGCACUGGCAAAAGGCAGCGUUGUCGAGGCCAAGGCCUGUGCUGAGAGGCUCCGGGAGCUUGUGCAUUAUUAUCCCAAGGCAGCUCAUAAUAUCACUAAUAGCUGGCUGGACGAUGUCUUUAUUUACACACAGCGUAUAUACCGGCAACCAGUGCCGAGCGGGCAGCACCCAGUCAGCGAGCUCGUCGAAGCACUUGUUUGUUCCGGCGACCGGAUACACGGCUUCUCUAUGGCAGAAUGGAAUGCACGGCUAAUCAAGUACACGUUCUAUUCGAGAGUUCUUGGCAACGCAGUCCGUGCGCAGGUGCAUGAUGAGCUUUUCUCCAUUAUAUGCCGCCAUGACCUUUUGAGUCUCUUGCAGGUACGGAGAGUGGCACUCGCAGCUGUCGAUGAGGUGCUGGAUCGGAUUCCCCAGAGUGCAAAGCGAGUACCGGUCAAAAUCAGCGAUGCAGCAUUGGGGUGGAAGCUGUUCAUCGAGACAGAUAUGACGCCUAGUGACCAGCUGCAGCUGAAGCUGGAAAAACAUUUCCCGGAACGUUCGGAUAGUGCAUUUUGGCAGUGUGUACUCGAGUUGGUUACCAGGGAGACUCGCCAAACGACCAUUGACGAUGAUGCACGCAAAGCACUGCUGGUGCUAAAGCUGGCAUUCAUUGCCCAGGCCAAGAUCCCGCCACCAACACUCACUAUGGCAAACCAGCUCUUGCUCGAGGCUCGCCUGCCGAUUGUCGACAUUAGCACAGGCGACCUGCUUCCGGAGAUUGAGCAGAUCAGGAGAGCGUCAGCAUAUGAGCAGUUGUCAGAGAAGGAAAGAGCUGCAGCAAUGGUAGUGGCAACCGGCCAGGUUCCAAGGAGUCGAUGGAGAAUUACCAAGGAAGGCAUCCUUGCAGCUAGCAAAAUCAACAACGAGUCGCCAAUCAGGGAGAAAGCCCGGUGGUAUCUUGCCUGUCGCCGACGCUUCGAGAUUCCUGCCUUAAAGCAGCUCACACUUCUGGUUAUUGACCUGGUCAAUCAUGGCAGUCGUGACCAAUGGGAGCCGAUAUUCCGUGACCAUAUGCCCGAAUUCCUUGAGUCUAUGUGCAAUCCGUCGUUCAGCAGUGCUCGCGAGCGGAUCCUAUAUGCUAGAUCAAUCUGGUCUCACGCAAUCGUCGCCUAUUCCCGACUUGGUGAGAUUGAAGCGGCGGCCAGCUACUACAACAAGAUCAUCGAUAUCGGCAGCUUUCCAAAUCCGCAGGCUGCGGGUGACCUCCUUUCUGCCCUUAAAUCUUCGGAUACACCGCUUCCUGUUCUGCGUGCAAACUGGUCUGCCUCUGCUAACACUCUCUAUGGGCUUGAUCCAACGCUUCCCCCGACGGGCCAGUCUCCUGCCGAUCCGUUUCUCGCCACUGUAGACCAGGAGGAGCGCAAUGAGCAGCUGGUACAGAUCGGUCUCUGCAUGCUUUAUGGAUCCUAUCGGUCAAACCCUCGAGUGACGGAUUACUUCAUCAACACUGUGCUUAAUGUCCUCCGCAUGUCUGGAAAAAUGGACCUUAUUCGACAUCUAUUCGAGACCGUUGCUCCCACGGCUAUCCAAAGCAUGCCUCAUUUCGAACGGCAUCAUCCUUCUUACCAACUAUCUGCUGCAACAUGGGCACUUUUCAUUUCUGCAGCUGUAGAAUUUGGUGAGCGCGCCCUGGCAGAGCACUGGUUCAAGGGGUACCGCUUGACUGCUUUGCCCUUAUUCCUCAAGCAUAGACAUGCCUACUCGCCAUUUACAGACAAACUGUCGCCAAAUGCCAAGCUAUAUCAUCUCGCGAUUCCUUACUAUAUCACACCACAGGUAUGGCAUCCGCGCGACAGAUAUGGCAGAGUACCUGACCCUGCCUACAAUAUCGAAGAGGUGAAGCGACAGAUAGAAAUGGAUCGGCUGCGUGAGCUAGAUGGCUUGCGCCCAACAACUGCAGGCUCGCAGAAGAUGAUUUCGAUAUACACGUGUGUUGUCGAAUACCGAGAUAUGGCGAAGGCUGAAUCGUUAGCCACUGGGAUUCUUGCACUGUCACAGGACAAGAUCCUACCCAAAGCUGUGACUAUUCUCCCAAAGCUCAACUGGGCAAAAUGUACAUCCCACAUGGUAAGAGGGUAUCUUGACGAGCUGCGACAACUACAGACGUUGUCCAGCCCUGAUGUUGCGAAGGUCAAUUAUUCAUCAGAACGGCUGGCUCAUUGGUACGCGGUGUGGGAGAGGGCUUAUUUGCUGGCCCGUAAGGAAGACAUCAGUAUCACCAGGCUCCCCGUUAGGCUGACUAGACACGAGAGGGACGAAAUCGAGGAUAUAGCGCGAUCUCGGGGCAAGAAAACACGACACUCUACAUUCCAGCUAUUCAAAUAA